GGAACGCCCAGGAUGCAUGACUCUGUAUCUGUUGGCUGAGAAUAAAUGGCCCUGGCUCUAGCAGAUGCAAUGCUACGCUUUCCGGCCUUGCGAGAAGUCGGGUGCCACGCGGGGAUUGGUGCUGCAGUUCGUGCAGCGGUGUCGCCAGGCUGACCACGAAGGACACCGCUUGUCUGUCUCCGUCGUAGGCCCCCAGCUACCCACGAGAGCCAGGUGAUUAAUACUUAAAUACCUGUCUUUUGGACACUGUGUUCAUAAUGGAGUUUCCUGACUUGGGGAAGCACUGCUCAGAACCAACUUGCAAGCAACUAGAUUUUCUGCCAGUAACAUGUGAUGCAUGCAAACAAGAUUUCUGUAAAGACCAUUUUUCCUAUGCCAGUCAUAAGUGUCCCUUUGCAUUCAAGAAGGAUGUGCAGGUGCCCGUGUGUCCCCUCUGUAGUGUCCCCAUCCCUGUGAAAAGAGGAGAGAUCCCAGAUGUGGUGGUUGGAGAGCACAUGGACAGAGAUUGCACCUCUCACCCUGGGAGGAACAAAAAGGUGAGAGUUUUCACACACCGAUGCUCAAAAGAGGGAUGCAGGAAGAAGGAGAUGCUGCCGCUGGCUUGUUCACAAUGCCAUGGCAACUUCUGCAUUCAACACAGGCAUCCUCUGGACCACAACUGCCAAGCUGGGAGCAGCUCGGCCAGCAGUGGGAGGUCUUCAGCAUCCAGAGCUCCUGAGCAGAAGCCAUCGGGAAUCAGUUGGCUGGCCCAGCAACUCAGACGGACCGUGAAGUGACAGUGAGGCUCCUGUCUGGGCUGAACACCAGCUCCUUUCUCUGUUGGGUUUUAACCUUGGUGAUGUGGUCUCCAGCACUUUCCUGGUUCUCCUGCUACACUGAGUCUUUAUGAAAACGUCUCCCAUUGACUGUUGAAGUUAGGGCAGGAAGAUGGCUCAAAGCAUGAGGACCUAGUUUAUUCCAUGAAUCCAUGCUUUUAAAAAAGCCAGAUGUGGGGUUGGUGCACACUUGUAAUCCCAACACUUGGGACUCUGACCAGCAGCGUAGCCUAAUUGGAGAGUUCUUACC